AAAGAUGUUUCCAUAGAUCAGAAACUAAACACAUGUGAAAUAAUUUCAAUUUAAAACAUCGGAACUGCCUUGUACACGAUGUAGUAAUAAAAAAUGAUUUUGUAUUUCAGAUGUGCUUAAUCUACCCAGGAUGUCUUGCACAACUUUUAGAUGGCUGUGAUAAUCGACCAAAAGAUAUUGUCUUUAUACUUGAUGCAUCUUCCAGUAUAUGGCCAGUUGAUUUUCACACACAGCUUAAGUUUCUCCAAAACUUAACAAAAACGUUUAAUAUUGGUCCAUCUGAUAGUCAAACUAGAGUUGGGAUUGUUACAUUCAGCAAUUCAUGGAAAGUCGAAUUUAAUCUCAAUGAAAAAAUGAACAAACCAGACUUAGCCAAGGCCAUUCGACGAGUAAGACAUCUAACUGGUGGAACAAACACGGCUGACGCCAUCAAUUUUGUUGCAGACAAUUCAUUCCUUCCUGAAAAUGGCGCACGUCAUAAUUCUACUAAAAUAGUGGUCGUUAUUACCGAUGGAGAAAGUUACUACAAGGACAAAACAGCAGCUGCUUCUGAAAAACUUAGAGAAAAAGGCGUAAGCGUUUUUGCUAUAGGCGUUGGCUCUCAAAUUGAUUUGAAGGAGUUGGAAAGCAUUGCCAGUGAUCCUUCUGACAAAUAUGUGCUGGAAGUUUUAAAUUACAGAGGUCUAAAGAAGAUUGAAUCUAUUUUACGACAGAGAACCUGUGAAGUUAUAAUGGCAUCAACAAUUGCCACAACAACUCCAGCAACGAUUCCUUCAACCGCCAGAACAACGAUGAAACCUUCGACAACCCCAAGAACAACAAUGAAACCUUCUACAACCCCAAGAACAACAAUGGAACCUUCUACAACGACAACAACAGAAUCACAAACUACUAAAGAGCCUUUAACACAUCGUCCAAAAAUUAUAAAAACAACACCAGCUGCUGAAAAGUUGCAAGCAGAUAGUGAUAAAAUCACCAGAAACUGUGGUGGAAAACCUGCUGAUGUUUUCUUCCUCCUUGAUACAUCCGGAAGCAUUCUUCCUUCGGAUUUCAAGAAGCAACUGGACUUUGUUGGAACCGUUGUAGGAAUGUUUGACAUAUCACCAGAUAAGACCCGGGUUGGGGUAUCAACUUUUAGUCACGAAUACAACCCUAUGUUUGGACUAGAACAAUACCACGAUAAAGAUUCAUUGCUGGGUGCAAUUCAAUCUGUUCCCUAUAGUGGGGGUGGCACUGAUACCGGACAUGCCUUGAAACAGCUACGUGAGCGUGAAUUCUCGCGACAAUUCACGAGACCGAGUGUCGCACAUAUUAUCAUUGUUCUCACAGACGGUUUAUCCAGAUUUCCAGAUCAAACUAGAAAACAAGCUGCAAUGAUAAAGAAAACCGGAAGUUAUGUGUUUGCUGUUGGCAUUGGAAACAACAUAGAUCAAAAUGAAUUAUCAAACAUUGCUAGUUCUCCGGAUAGUAAUAAUGACAAAUAUGCUUUCCAGGUCACAAACUUUGAUGGUCUUAGAACAUUAAAAAAUAUACUUGCAAUAAAGACAUGUGAAAUUGCGUCGUUUCAGCGAGAUGAGAGAGUUUGCCGGACAAAUAAAACCAGUGACAUUAUGUUUGUUUUUGAUUCGGCUUAUUAUGGAUAUAAGAUGUCUAACUUAAUUCUGGACCUGAUUCAACAAGUUUCCAUGUAUUUGGCAACAACUGGUGGUAAGAUCAAAACCGGGAUACAGUCUAAUUCUUGUUUGAAAGAGUCCAUUAGGCCACUGUCGGCUAAUCCCAUUGAAGUAGUUCAAGAUUAUGAUGCCCUUCCUCAACUGAUCACGGACUUGCGCAUCAAACAGUUCAUGUCUGCAAAUGGAGGUCGAGGAACUUCCACGAAAAUGGCAGUAGUGUUUGUCGAUAACACUCUUUCAAAGACUGCUGAGCUUCAAGUUUUGCGAUCAAAAUUUCGAAAAAUAAACUUUAUUUUCGUUCAGACAGGCAAUGAAGUCACUGAUAAUAAGCUGCAAAGGAUAGCCGGGAAACCAUAUUAUGUUGUUGAGCUACAGUCUGAUAGUCACGCUACAGUUCAGCAUCUUAAUACCCUACUCUGUGAAGGUAUAUAAAUAGAAAGACAAAAGGCGACUGCACGUUUUGUAAAUCAUCCUCCUGCUGUGAUGUGUUGUUGUUUGAAAAUAAGUUACAUGCAUUUGUGUUUACGUUGCUUCUAACUUAUUUAUUCAUGUAUGGACAUCUUUUUUUUAUUGAUUUUAAUUUUUGUUCACAUAUCAUCUUUUCCCAUUGUUAUCUUGCAUUACAUUAAUGAUAAUAAAAUUGAAAUUUGUAGUA